AUGUUAUCGAGCUUUGCGGCCUACUUGGCGAGAUCUGUGAAGCCAGGUACAGUGGCCAAUCACAUCUUGGCCGUUCGUAAUCUGCAUCUCGAGUGUGGCAUGGAUGAUCCUACGACAGGCGCUAACCUGCUACCGCGCGUGCUUAAGGGCAUUAAGAGAUUGAAGGGCACUGCUCCGUCCAUGACUCAUCUUCCACUGACAAGUGAUCUGAUCCAGUCAGUUGUGGACCGGUUGCGGAAUGACCCGACUUCUACUCCAGACGAUCGCGUAAUGCUGCAAGCCGCAAUCCUGUUGAUGUUCCACAGCUUCCUGCGGUGCGCUGAGUUUACUGCAAGCGAUCACGCAACUUUCGACCCAAGAUUUGAUGCUGCCGGUGAUAGUGUGAAGAUCGCGUACCAUGUUGAUAAGCCCGCGUUACAGUUUGUUGUGAAGCGGUCCAAGACGGACCCGUUUGCCAGAGGCAUGAUCUUAAACAUGGGGCCAGCAACGCCACAAUAUUGUCCCGUUGCUGCCAUGGUCGAGUACUUGUCACGCAGUAAGCCGCCAUUGUUGCAGCCAUUGUUCCGGUUUAAGUCAGGCGCACCGCUGACUCGCCGUCGCUUCACUGCUAAACUGAGAGCCCUCCUGCAGUUGUCCGGGGUGAGUAAUGUGGCUGAUUAUGGUGGCCACUCUUUCAGGAUUAGUGCGGCGACAACGGCUUCUACAAACGGCGUUCCUGUGUGGAAAAUCCGUCCUAUGGGUAGGUGGCAAAGUGACUGUGUUCUGAGGUACAUUUGCACAGAUCCGUCGGACUUGCUGUCUGUUUCUAUGACUCAUCACAUUGGGCCUAUUUAA